GUGUCUCGGCUCAACGACAGCAAAGCAUUCGCGCGCAAUUUCUAACAUUGUUUAUCUUGUCUUGUCAAUGGUUUUUCUUUUGUAACUUAGCAACUUUCAUACUUUAAAAUCUUACAAAAUAUUUAAACUUUCAUGAUUCAGAUCGACUUUCCUCAUGGAGAAUAGAGAGAUCGAUAGCGAUAAAUUAAUCCAGGAAGUGCAUAAAUAUCGAAGUUUAUGGGAUCAGACAUCGCUGGAUUAUCUAAAUAGUAGCUUAAAAAUUAAAGAAUGGGCGUUGGUAGCCCUCGAGAUGGAUUGUUCAGUGGAAGAAGUAAAAUCCCAAUGGAAAGCACUAAAAGAUACCUUUAUUCGGGAAAUGAGGAGAACAGCAAAGAGUGGCCAAGGUUCAAAGUGGAACUAUUUUGAUAGCAUGUCUUUUCUUUUUCAAGGUCUCAAUACCUUAUUACUACCUAGUGCAAUCUCACAAUCCUUAACUGAAUUUGACAGUCCAUAUGCAUCUUCUAUUAGCUGUGAAAAUGAGUUUUCUGAAAAUUCUUCUGUAGCAUAUCCUGAGGAAGAUCCAAAAUCAUCUCAAAGAAAAAAAGUAAAAUUCAAUCAAGAAAACACUGAUGGCAUUUUGCACUCAACACCUUAUCAAUCAGUUUCUCCAAUUCAAUUCAACGGACCUCGUCCAGAAGACUUUAAUGAAGACUAUUAUUUUCUCCUAAGCUUAUUACCAUCUUUUAAACGCAUGCCUGAUCAACAGAAAAUGAUUUUAAAAAUCAAAAUCAUGCAAGAAGUUUGCAAUGCUGCUCAUGGAGAAUCAGUGUCUAAUCUCAGUCCUAACUCGUCUAGUGGAAUAGGUACAUGUUCAUCAGAGUUUUUAGUUGAUACCUAAUCAUUAUUUAAAAUAUUAUUGUUUUAUAUGUUGUAUAUAGUUCUUAACAUUAAUUUUUUUGCAAUAUAUAUUCGCUUAUGAAUAUUUAAUAUUCUUCUAUAUAUUAUUAAU